GUUUAGAGUAGUAUUUGCUUGCGUAGCUGAUUGUCAUAAAAUAAUUUUUACGUAUUUUAUCGACGAAAAAAAAGUUCCUCUUUUUUUGGAUCAAGUGACGCAAAAAUAGACCAAGAACCGAGCAAAGCCGUGUAACGUCGUUACAUUUCAAACGAGAGCACCGAGACACCGAGAAGCAACCACAAACGGAGACAACAAACUUUCAAUUAUGACGUCUAUAGUUGAGGAAAAUGGCUCGUCAGCUAUAGAUAAUUUGGCGCCGCCCGAAUCUAUGGGAGCGCCCGGUCAAAAUAACAACAACAACAACAAUAACCAUUCGCCGCAUCCGCAUUUGCCGCCGCCGCAAGCGCUUCAUGCCGCGCAACAAGGUCAUUCGCCGGUGCCAUCAUCCGCAGUUCUCGCAGCAUCUGCAAACAUUGUACAAAUUAUACCAACACAACAUCAACAACAAACGUCCAGUCAUCAGACACAUUCUGUCAUUCAACCAAAUCAACAGUCGGUCAUCCAAGCUGCUGGAAAUCUGCAAUCGAUGACUUUACCUAAAAGUGUAUUAUUAGUUAGCAAACCCAAUUCAGUCAUACAUACGACAACGCAAGGCGCAUUGCAAGCGAUUCAGAUCAAACAAGAACAAAGUAUGGCGGGAAAUAUGAUGCAUGACACAAACAGCGACGACGACAGUAUGACAGACGAUGAAUCGCCAAAGAAGCGACGAGAUUUAUUAGUUAGGCGUCCAUCGUAUCGGAAAAUCUUGAAUGAGCUUGGAAGUGCGGAAAUGAGCGCAGGAACUUUAAUGCAGUACACCCAAGGCCAAGAUGGUCAAGCGAUUUUCGUACCUGUGAAUAUUGGCAACAACACGGGAGUUCCGGAGGACCAAUCACGUGCAAAGCGCGAAAUGCGAUUACAGAAAAAUCGUGAAGCGGCACGCGAAUGUCGACGCAAGAAGAAGGAGUAUAUAAAGUGCCUCGAAAAUAGAGUAGCUGUCCUAGAGAAUCAAAACAAGGCGCUUAUCGAUGAAUUAAAGUCGCUCAAGGAGCUUUAUUGUCAGUCAAAGAGCGAAUGAGAGUCCGUUGUUGUUGUGCCGCCAUCCAAACCGCGUCAUCCGAACACCUCGACGACAUCGCGAAAACAGAAAUCACAACAACAACAACAACAAAAACCCGUAAAACAACCAAAACAGCAAAUUAUCCUGCAUCAGCAACCCACAACUUCGACAAAUUAUGAUCCGACCACCAUGAUGAUUCUCACAAAUAACAACACCAUUAGCGAAGAUGAACCGACAAAUGUCGCGGAAACACUGCAAAUCAGCGGCACGAACGUUCUCAGCGCCGAAAACAUCAACAAGGAACAGAAAAUUGUCUUUGUCUUAGUCUAGCAGAAACCGUCUUGUUUCAUACAAGACGAUAAACAAACCGGAGAGCCAUCAAACUCUUUUAACUAAAUUUCGAUAUGAUUCGGGAAAUCAAAAAAAAAAUAUUUUUCUAUGGAAAAAUGAGGUAAAAAUAAAAAUAGAGAGAAAUUUCAUUCAAUUUGUAGUCAGAAAGGAUACAAAACAAGUUUUUAGUGUUGUUUUAAUGAAAAAAAAAAUAGUUUUUAGUCACCUCUGGUCAUAAAUGUUAAUUAAAAAAAAAAUUAAAGAAAAAAUUUAGUUAAGACAUUUUAAACUUAAUUCUAAGAAAAAAGUGAUUAAAUUUUUAGUUUUUAUGAAAAACGAAACUUGCAUUAAUUAA